AGGACUCAGGGGUGUGGCCUCCCAUUGUUCAGGGUGGGUUCAUAAGACCGUGCCUCUGAGAGCUCUGGACCAGACCACCAGAAGGCAUCAAGAUGGCGAAAGCGAGUAAGAAGACGCACAAUCUGACACAGGAUGUUGAGCCAUCAACCUCGACAUCCAAACCCAAGAGGGUGAAGAUUUGCGGUCAUCAGUCCUGUGCCAAAUGUAGCAAGAAGAUAAGAAGGACCAAGGUGCAGAAGCCUAAGAAGAAGAGCAAGAAAACACUGCCAAGCAUGCCUAACAGAAAGACUACUAAGAAAACUACACCACCUAAAAAAAGGACCAAUAUAGGCAAGGGGAAAGAACAAUUCGGUCACUGUUUGUUGAAAGAGCUGUCAACAGGUAGUGGGAAGGAGCCUGACGAGAGCAGCACUGAGAGCUCCAGCAUUUCAACAAAUGAGUAAGAGUGCCAGUAGACUCAGCAUGCCAACCAAAGACCUGGAAAUCUGUGAAAAGGAUUGGCAGCUGAGCAAUGCCAAACUGUGUAGUCUGAAAAUUUAAGUACUACACAGCGCUUGACUCUGGUGAAAAUAAAAUCAAUCUGAUAUG